GUUGCGUUUUUGGUUCACUGGUUGACUAUCAGGGGGCAACACAAUAUAAGACCCAAUGUGAUGGUGGGAAGUUAUGAACCACACUCAAAGACACGCUGUGAGCGCGUCAUGCGGCGCUUUUCUGUUCUCUUCUUUUUUUUAAUGACACGCACACUUAUUGAACUUUUGUUUUUGGCGAGGUGUCCAGGUGUCACAUGCGCGCGGGACACAUGCAUGAUGAUGAUGAUGAUGAUGAUGAUGAUGGGAGUCACAGACAGACACUCACACAGAGGCUGAAAUCCUUUAUAUCCCCGCGUGGACUGACAGCGAUGGCCCUGGAGGCAGACGGCGACAGAGGUUCAUCAAGGAGCGCUCAUGAAAAAUGUCCUCGGGCUGCGUUGGAGCGCAACGGCUACGUGAAGACGUGUGUCACCCCGUUGCACCAGGACGCGGGGAGCCAGUCGUGGCUCAGACUCGCCGUGACAUGGACUCGCCGAGGAGUGUCGUCUGCGGUCUGCGUUGCCUCCGUCUCCGUUAUUCUCGCUCUGCUGCUCAGAUUGGUCGACUGGGAUGCAGGCUGCAGCAGCAGCAGCAGCAGCAGCAGCGGAAAUAGCAGCGGCUCCGACUCUCGUCUUCAUUUCGCGGCGGACUGCGCGGCGGAGCUGCUUCUCUCCGCGUGUUAUUGCGUCUCUCCCGUGUUCACACUCGUAUGUGCCUUCUUCUGGGUCGGGCUGUAUCUGAUUCGCUGCGGGCUGCUCAUCCGCACCGCGCUCUUUCUCUUAGCGCUGUGCCACUUGGGCGAAGCCGCGGCGCAGUCCCUCCUGCGCGGCGCCGAGGAGCAGCUGCUCUCCGUCCCCGCAACCCUGGUAGUCCUCGGCUGCCUGGGCAGCGGGGCUCUGCUGGUCGUCCGGCUGCGUCAGGGAGUGUCCGUCCUCGUCUCCAUUAGCGUCAUCAGGGCCGUCUCUCUCGUCUCUCUGUGCGGAGUCCGGGCCAGCUGGAGACCCUACCUGGCCUACCUGCUGGGGCUGCUGGGGGUUUUGCUUGCGAGGUAUGCUGACCGGCUCCUGCCGGCCUCAGGGACCAGCGGGACGGGGUGCUGUGGCUCUGUGACCGGGGCGAAGGAGGAGGACAUCCCUGUCUUCAAAAGGAGACGGAGGUCCAGCUCCAUAGCGGCCUCGGAAAUGAUGGCUCACAGUCAGAGCAACAGCAAGUCUCAUCGCAGGACUUCGCUGCCCUGCAUUCCGCGGGACCAGAUUAUGUGCCAGCCAGAAUGGGACUACAAGAGAGCGCUGAGCAGAUCCCAGUCUUCCGGCACCAGUGUGGUGGUGGACAUAGCGGUGAUGGGUGAGGCCCAUGGUAUGAUCUCAGAUCUGCUGGCGGACCCUUCACUUCCCCCCAACACCUGCAGCUCUCUGAAGGCUGUCAGCAACCUCCUCAGCACCCAGAUCAGCCUCCAACCGCUCCACCGGCCUCGCUUCCCCGCAGACACACACACCUGCUCCGACUCUGAGGAUGGGCCCGAAAAGACUGAAAGACUGGCCAUCCCAAAGCGUCUAAGACGGAGUCUGCCCCCAGGAUUGCUGAGGAGAAUCUCAUCGACUUGGACCACGACCACCUCAGCUACAGGGCUGCCUACCAUCGAGCCUGGCCCUGUACGCCGAGACCGCUCAGCCAGCAUCAAACACACCACAGACAGUGAAUCAUGGAACAGCUCGGUGAUGAUGACCAUCUCAAAGAGCCGCUCCAUGUCUGCCUCCUAUGCUGCCUCCAACCACCUCUACAGCAAACCACUGGGAAGACCAGGUUUCCCCCCCUCCAACGUGUCACCUCUGGGCUCUCCGUGCCCCUCUCCUCCCAUCCAGGGCACUCCUGCCUCCAGCCCCACCACCAAGACGUGUUCAGUGCAGCUUCCUGAGCCGGCCGGGCCCCUGACAGAACGGACCCCUGGCCCUGUGGCCCCCAAGAGCCACCACAGAGCCUUAACUCACAGCCAGAGCGCCCCCAGCUCCACUACCCCUCACUGGCGGCCUCCAUCGCUCUGCGGCAGCUGUGGCAGACCAUUCAACAAUCGACUGAACCACGGGGUAGAAUCUGUCGACAAAGGAGACAGAAUACCACAUCCAGAUGAGCGGGUCGUAGCUUCUUCAGACUACGACAGCACCUACGACAGCACCUACGAGACCAACCACAGUGACAGCAGCGACUUUGCACAGAAUGAAGAGGAGGGAGAGGGAGGCAAGAAGCCGCCUGAAGCCCGGGAAGGUUGCAGGGAGUAUCUGGCGGAGGGCAUCGUUCUUCACCCGCUCCUGCCAUCACCAGAGGACAAGGCCAUCCUGGCCCCGGAUCCUCUGGUGAUGCAGGGCCUGGAGCCUCUGAUGACUCAACUCAACAACUGGAACUUCCCCAUCUUCAGUCUAGUGGAGAAGACGCACGGCAAGACGGGCUGCAUCCUCAGUCAGGUUUCCUAUCGGCUCUUCGAGGACACAGGUCUAUUUGAGACCUUUAAAAUCCCCACACAAGAGUUCAUGAACUACUUCCACGCUCUUGAGAACGGAUACAGGGUCAUACCUUAUCAUAACCGGAUCCAUGCCACUGAUGUGCUGCAUGCUGUCUGGUACCUCACCACUCAGCCGGUGCCCGGCCUGCCCACCCUGCUGACCGAGAAUGGGAUACACACCGACUCAGAGAACGGCAUUACGCCCGGUGCAACAGGCUUCCUGAUGUCCAGGAUGAACUCUGUGCAGGAGGAAGGCUAUGGCUCCCUGGCUGGCCUCAUCCCCAGCCUGGAGCUCAUGGCCCUGUAUGUAGCUGCUGCCAUGCACGACUAUGACCAUCCCGGAAGAACCAACGCCUUUCUAGUUGCUACGAGUGCACCACAGGCUCUUCUGUACAAUGAUCGUUCUGUCUUGGAAAAUCAUCAUGCAGCUUCAGCGUGGAACCUCUUCAUGUCUCGACCUGAGUAUAACUUCCUGAUCAACCUUGAACAUGUGGAGUUCAAGCGCUUCCGCUUCCUCGUCAUUGAAGCCAUCCUGGCCACAGACCUCAAAAAGCACUUUGACUUCUUGGCAGAGUUUAAUGCAAAGGUGGGAGAUGAGGGAGUGUCCGGUAUUGAUUGGGCCAACGAAAACGACCGAUUGCUAGUGUGCCAGAUGUGCAUCAAGCUGGCUGAUGUUAAUGGACCACUGAAGUGCAAGGGGCUCCAUCUGCAGUGGACAGAGGGGAUCGUCAACGAGUUCUACGAACAAGGAGACGAAGAAGCGAGCCUGGGCCUUCCCAUCAGCCCGUUCAUGGACCGGUCGGCCCCGCAGCUCGCUAAACUACAGGAGUCUUUCAUCACUCACAUAGUGGGACCUCUGUGCUCAUCGUACGACUCCGCUGCUCUCAUGCCAGGACGCUGGGUUGACCCACCUGAGGGAGAGACAGAGCCAGAAGAGACAAAGGAAGGACAAGACACAGAGGAGGAAGAUGAGGAUAUGGCAGAAGAGGACGCAUCAAUAAACUCUGACAACUCCCAACGGCAAGAAACCAAAAAGGUGAGCAGGAGGAAAGUGUUUUGCCAGAUCACGCAGCAUCUUCUGGAAAAUCAUGAAAUGUGGAAAAGAGUCAUUGCCGCAGAAGCCCAGGAGGAGGCCCAGAAAGAGGAGCCGAACUGCAUCAGCACCACCGACCCAAUAACAGCCAUUCAUGAGGAAGAGGAGGAGCAAGCAAGCAAAGACGAGGAGGAGGAGGAGUCGACCGACGUCCUUGACGAGAGGGAGGAGAUGCCAGCUCUAGGGGAAGAGGAAAUCCUUCCGCAGUCAGAGACUUCAGGGGAAAAAGAAGAGGAACCAGAGUGAUGUUCUGAACACUGAUCACCUCUUAAACCAGGAAUCUGAACGUUGUCUGAAAAUGUUUGUUUCUUUCCUAACUGAUAUGGUAGCCAGCACAUCACUUUCGACACAACACUGUAGAAGAUGUUUUGGGUAAUAUGUGCCUAACAAUAACUGGGUUCUAGGACGGGGGUGGGGGGGAAGAUGACGCAUGCCCAGUUCAUCUGACGAGCAAAAGAUGAAGUGACUGAGAGUAAGAAGAAGAAGAGAGGAAAAAGAAUGAUUGGGACCGUAUUUGUUUUCAUUGUAGUGUUUGUUUGAGUCUGGAUCUGGCACCCUGCCCCUCGCCCGGGCCGCCCAUCCUGCACUUAUGUGCCAACCACGCUGAUUCACACAUUCACUCCAUCGAUGAAUAAUACACUGUCACAGACCCUCCUUAACCCCCCCAACCCCACCAUUCUUGUUGCUCCCAUGCUCUCGGCACACUGUGGAGCCGCCCAGCUGGUGAGGAUGUGCAACAAGCCCCUUCUCUUUGAAGACAAUGGGAUAAAAGCCAGGGAAAAAGCUGUGUCCACUGAGGCUCAGCCGAGUGGAUUUCAGAAGGAGACGGGGAAAAAAAGAAAGGACCAGUUGUAGCACGUUGUUUAUACAGACACACACACACACGCACGCACACACACACACAGUACACCACAGUACAGUAGAAAUGCAUUCCAAACACAGAACUGAUGGGAAGUCAAACAAAGAACCCUGUCGCUGUUAAAGCUUUAUUCUCGCUCAAAGAAUAACAUACAAACCAAGGUUUUGUUCGUGUCAAACAAUGUUUGUCCCCAGUCGCAUGUUUUCUCCCCGCCUCUUGUUACUCAGAGUCAGUCCAGCACAGCUACACGUGUCAAGGCCGCACAACUCAGGAACGCAGAAACCCGUAGAAAAAAAAGAAAAAGAAAUGAUUACUUAACUUGCCACUUGUUUAAUAUUUUCUGUCGUCAGUUGUUUUAGAUGCUUCGAGAUUCGAUUACAUGACAGAGACUAUCGAUCAGGUUAUGCUGUAUAUUACAAUUCUAUUUUCAUUCUCGUCUGCGCUCUAAGCUUCCUGAUUGAUCCCUGCUAUAACUGAGCAGCAACCUUUCGCCUUUAAAACAAACUCACAAGACACCAAACUAGUUAAUAAGGCAAUGUGUUUUGUCACGUAAGUAUCAGUUAUGUCUCCUCCCAACUUGUUCACUAAAUCUUUACGGGAACGCACGCACUAAUGACAGGGAUUCUUUCCUCUUUGCAAUAUAGUUUAUAACCUGGUAUGUAGGCCAAAUGUUUGAGAAAGUAAAGUAAUCCAGUAAGCCAGAGUGGCCCAAGCUCAGAGCUGACUCAUGGCUCCAAAUCACCUAUUAGGAUUUACGUCAUUUAAGAUAUUCAAUUUUUUUUUUGAAGAACCACCCUGUGGAGCCAUUCAGGGGAUGCAGUAUACCCGCAAUAAUUUCAGUGAGAGACGUCUCGAUCAGAUCGAAGUCACAUGCGUUUUCAUUAUCUUAUUGCACAGAAAGGAAAGGGAAAACAAAGUAAUGAGGAAAGUAUAUUAACCAUUUCUGACCUAAUGGAAACCAGCUUUCAUAACAAAAGCUGUAUAAUUAAUGAUAUAUGAUACAGAUUAUUAAUUUAUUAAAUUAAGUCAAACGUAGGAUUAAUUGAAUGCGAGCCUUAUAGUUUAAAAAUGCUGCUGUCUGCUUUCAGGGUUGUUUUUUUUUUCUUUUUUAACCUUCACUGAGUAGUAGUGGUCAGUCCUCAGUGAGAGCAAAUUUUUAAAAAAAGGCAGAACGAGAGAUGACGCUGACAAGGAUGAGGAGAAAAACACUUGCAUUCUGCUCAGCUUCGUGUCAAAGUAGCAUAUUUUUGGCCAGAAGUGCAACAGAAAUCUGAUCACAGGCCAGCGGACCCACCAUCCCUCCGGAUUUUUCUGCAUCUGUACUCCCUGCUGAUGACAUAGCACAGAGCCUGACGGGUUGCCUUGCCGCUCUCCCUUUGAUGUCCUCGGAGAUUGAGAUCAGUGGUGACGGAGGAAAGUGUGAACGAGGGGAACGGUCUCAGUAAUGAGGCUCAGUAAUGAAAGAGGAGGGAGAGGGAGAAGUCUUUUAGCUCGACUUAUGAAGGGUCAAAGGGGUCUCAGAUAGUUUUUCACAUCGCAGCAGAUUCCUUGAGAUGUAACUCUUUGAAGAUGAGCCAGUUCGGUCGGAUUCAGAAUCAUGUGACGACCCACUGCAUUUACAGGGAUACGCAGUACAAUAUGUAUGAUCUGACACAGGGGAAGCGCUCUGUCAGAUCCAUGGAUUUAAGGACGCUAUGUGUCUUCACUUGCCGAUAUGUAGCAGGUGCUUUGCAAAGUGAACAAGGGCACAUUUUGAUACAAUUGAAAGACUUUCUUGGAUUUAUGACUGCACUUUUUUAGAGACGCUGUCUGAGAGAAACAGUGCAUUUGCGUGUUACUCGAGAUGGUCCCCACUUUGAAGUUGGGAAUUCUUUCUUCCCAAAUCGUGAUGUGGUAACAACUCAGAUGACGUUCCCUAAAGGAACUUCAGUUUUGUUUCAGCUGACUUGUUAUCAGGGAUAAGGCUUGUAAAAACCCUUUCAUAAAUUAUCUGGGUCCCUCUAUGAGGACAGCAAUGGGUUACAAUUUCAUUUAACAGUGAGAGCUGGUCACUGUGAUCACAACCUGCGAAACAUUUCCAUUUUUUAACAUGGACCAGAAAAGUCUGGUAUGGAACCAGCAACCCAAAAGAGCCUAAGAUAGAACACAAAACCCUUUAUGCAAGCAGUCCACUACAUAUUCUCCGCACGCGAGAUGAAAACAGACUGGGCGAUCUCUUGAACAGGCUUGUUUGCAGACACUGUCCUAGGUUUUAACUGGCUGAACUUGCCCUACUGUGACCCAAUUUCUUAACUGAAUUAGAGUUCUGCUAACGUUAAUGCUGUCUAAAUCCUCAGCUGUAUCCAUUGCACUGUUAUCAAAAUGCCCACUGUGCAAAGGAGGGCUAAAAUGUGCAACAUAAUACCUUUGACUGCUUAUUACUUGCAUUGGUUGAGCUUGUUUUCACUGCCAUGAAAAAACAGAGCCUGUUCCAAGCAAAGCCUGAGCUCACUGUUUGGGUUAGAGUUCAAGUUGAAAGCCCUUAAUAGGUGUUCAGAGUCUGAUUUUCAUGGUAGUUACUGCAGAUAUUCAAAGAAGGCUAUAUUGGGUUCUGUUUAACAAUAUGCGAUACUCAAAUUGAAUUACUUAUUUUUGCAUUCAGCGACAGCAUUAAUGUGAAUCAGACAGGAAGACCGUCCUGACCCCUGAAACUGUGUCUCACCUGCCGACACAUAUACUGUAGCACUCGCUGUCGUAGCAGAUGAAGUCCCCCCCCUGCUGAACCAAAUGUCUUCCAAUAGCCUCUCCUCCCAUUGGCUUUUCACGACUGCCUUGCAGCAGUGAUCCGUGAGCUCGCACCUGAUGCGUGACUGAUCCACACACCUGUGGCUCAUACAGGCCGGAGUCUCUCAGUUGAGCGUCUUCUGAAACUCUGUACAGCAUUGUAGCUUUCAAACUUGAGUAAUUCUAGAAAGUAAGCAAGAGCGUUAAAAAAGCUCAGACACUUGAGCACACACAAACGAGCUCCGCGCACUGUAAAUACCCGACACAGUAUAUCGAUAGCCUCCAAUGCGCACACUUAUUGCAAUGGACUUUUUUUUUUCCUCUAUGUUCGGGAAUGUGUACCCGUUCUCACACUCGCUUCACUUAUGUGCUUGAAUUAAAUGCGAUCAGAGAAUUCAGAGCUCACCGGGGACAUGUUUUAGUCAAAAUAGACGCUUCCCCCCUCUGAUCUCCCCCUCCCAGCUCUGCCUCAAUAACUGUGUACACUACAGAGCGGCAAUCAAAGAGACUUAAUCAAAGCUGUGACAGAAUCUCGGGUCGCUAUUUUUGUCGUAAACAAUACAAAAACAUUAGAGCUUGUGUGUGUGUUCGUGUGCGUAUGCAUGUGUGUGGCCAAUUAGGGGGGUUUGAUUGAAACAUACAGUACAGGAGUGGUCAACCGGUCAAGUUUUCGUACAACUUUUUAAGAUUUCAGUUCCCUUUGCAAUGCAGUGUUUUAGCAGCUCUUUGCUUCCUAACUACAAAGCAUGCACGCAUAUUUGCCGACAAUUUUCACAUGUAAGCAGCACAAUUUUAGAUGUUCUUUAAAAAGCCAUGCCAUUGUUUUUCAUUCAUUUCUCAGGAGUUGGAAGAUCCAACCCAGUCACCAGAACAGAUGUCGGCACUGUAUAUUUCUGCAAACCAUGGAUAUAUUGAAACAUUUCUUUCAGUUGCAGUUCAUGUUUGUUUGUUUUUUUCAUUGAGUUUUCCAUUUUUUCUUUUUGGACAAGGCUAUGCUUCUGCCCUGUUUAGGUUUGAACAUCACUCGGUUAGUGUAAGGAAAAGUUCACGUUUUGGCUUAGAAUAUUUGAAUUUUGAUCGCCACAAACGCUGCUGGAGAUGUCCCGAUUUACCCACCAAAAAUAUCCAGCGUAGCAAUGUACAAAUGGUGAAACGCCAACGUCCCAUGUCAGAAAUACCCAGUGGUUUCGCACUUACAAAUGAUACCUAGCUGAUGACACAUACAAAUGUGGACCUAUGAGUGGUUUGCAGUAACAUUAACCGCCAACGUUUUAUUUUGGAAAAUCUGGCACAGUCUACCACAGUGAAUGUUUGUCUGCAUUUCAAGUAUAUAAUCACCCUAAACGAAGAAGAGUUGUGUUUUCGUUACCUUAGAAUGAGCCCUUUAUGUCUACAGAAGAACGGUUCCUCUUUCCAAGGUCCGCCAUGUUGUACUACCAUGUUUGUACCGUAGACCAGAGCAGUCAAACCAAACACUGGAUCUUGAGAGGACAGCUGUGGCGAGGGGUGUUCAGUUGGUUGCAAACUGCAGCCUCACCGCAAGAUGCCACUAAAUCCUAAACACUGGACCUUUAGGUGUAGCUUCAGGCCUAGUCCACAUGUACAAGGUUAUUUUUGGAAACAGUUUUAAAAAUAAUGACAACUAAAAAAUAACGUCUAAAAAUGUAGAGAGCUGAAGUCACACUCUUUCCGAUGGACCUCAGAGGAGGUUUUUAUAGAAAUAAAAAUGUGUGCAGUAGUAGUUUUAUCUUUUAAAAUAAAUAGCAUGUCACUUAUCAGUGUCCAAAAGGCCAAAACCCAUAGUGAAGCCUAUGUUUUUAGAAAUAACUCUUUACGUGUGGACAGGGCCUAAUCUGAAAACUCUGCAAACCCUGCAUUACUUUGUAACAACCCUGCAGCUUGCAGAAAUCAAAGCAAACUUGAUGUCUGUUGGGGUGGAUUACAUGCCUCAAACAACUUUCAGGUGUUACACAUUGUCAUCUUGUGGGAAAAAUGAAUGGAAACCAAUGGAUGCCUGGAGUGGCUGAUGAAAUACAUCCAAGUCUGUGAAACGCAGCAGCAUUGUUCGCUAAAUGUGUUUCACUGGACUCGGACUGUUCAGAAGUUUCACGUCACUUUCACCUGACCACAGCCAACAGUGAUGUCACAGUGUGUCAUUGCGGCAAAGCCAGAAGUUAAAGCACUGGAGAUCGGCAGAAAUAAGGUUUUCAGGGAGUGUUAAGUUGCUUAUAAAGAUUAAUCAAGUCUCUACUUUUUGGUCCUGGCUAGUAUGCGCCAUCUUCUGGCUUUCAACGAUAGAAACAUUUCUUAUUUAUUUUGAGUAUAUGAGGUAAGAAGCCUCGGCCACCAAAGCUCAUGACAUCUGUUUGGUUUCAAGGCAUCAUUACUACAUGGGACAAUGAUUUGUACCAGGCAUGAAUACCAUUUUACAAUAUUUUACACUUUAAAACGGGGAUAGUAAACAUCAAAAGUACAGGGUCUACGACUAAAUUGUCUCAGUUUGUCAAGCCAGUAUCAACGGUUUCUUUGAAUUGACGAGAAGACGGGGAUUGCUGCACACUGGAUUAACUUGUGCAAACCAAAGAAAUGUUUUGAACUCUGUGUUUCUUCUUCUUUUUUCUGUGAUUUGCACAAAACAAGCCCUGUAAGGAGCACAUUUACUUGCAUCUUCUUCAUCAAGAACCUGCUGAGGAUGCCUGGAUCUGCAUAUACUUUGCAACUCUCACAUGAAGACAGGACAGAUAAAAGCAACGCAAGGACCAUGUCAGCAUUCAUGUGGAAGACUGGAGCUCACAGCGUUGUCCACACUGUUAUUAUUUCACUGCCGUGUCAAUAGGCAGCGGUGGCUCUACAAUGGAACUGACCAACUGCUCUGCUCGCAGACUGAAGCCCGUGUACUUUCUUUUGAUGGUUCGAACCAAAAACAUUCCUGUUUUGUAUUGUUUGUUGCUUCAGCCAAUUUUGAAAAGGCGGCUACGCUCCCGUGCCAUACCAUUUUCACAUGUAUGUAUGUAUGUAUGUAUGUACACAUUGUUCGAAUGCUUACAUUCAUCAGCUUUCCUUGUUUGUCACAAAGAAAACCAAAACAAACUUUUUUUUCACCACCUUCAAAGCAAGACAAACAAGACUGGUAUGUUUUUAUCUACUAUAGCAGGCACUUCACAGACUCAAUUCUUUUCUUCUCCAGUAUCUUGCACUUAACACAUGUAGCAAUACCUACAGGAUGGGGAAAAUUGUGUGAUUCACCAGUAUUUGUUUAAGUGGAAUAUGACAUUUUAUUUCUAGAUAUUGUUUGACUUUGUAUAAAAAAAUAUAUACUGUACAGAUUCAAAAGUAUAUUAUGACGAAAAAACUUUUAGAAAAAUAUUUAUUUUUACUGUUUUGUAAUUUAGACACAAUACUGUAGCUCCUCUAUUGCCAGACUUACUGGAAGUGCCUCUCGAUAAUGUAUUACAAAGUAACUAUACAAUAUAUUGGGAUUAUUAGACCAUGUCACUAGCAGAGCAGUGUUGAUGUUGUAAUGUGAAUAUUGUUGAAUAAUAAGAUUUAUAAAUGCUG